CGGUAGGUGCGGGAUUCCCGGUACAGAUAUUAGUGAUUCUGAGUCUUAUCUUGAGUGUUAUGUUAUGAUGGAGAUAAAGCUAUUGAUAUCAGUCAUAAAACUGCCCCAAGUCUGAAUCUAGGGCGGCGGUGGGAGACAUAAGCUUUCAUCACAUUUUAUGGAACCCACAAUCAAAAUGUCAAAUAACUAAAUUAGUUUCCGUGGAAAUAACACAGCCGCAAAGUCGUAAAUACAUGAAAAUACCAAGUGCGCCUUGGAAAUAGUCCUUACACUGAGCAAUUUAUGAUUUAGAAGAUGUAAAGUUAUGUUAAGCGUGACUUCUCAAAGUCACAAUAGAUCUACGGUGAAAUAAUGGUCAAUGGAUGGCUUUUCAUAUAAAUAUGACUGUUUCCAUAUCUAUGAUAGUGUAGAUUGUGGAGAUAAAUUCCAUUUAUUGGGGAUCUUAGCAAUUUGAAGGCCAUUUCCCCCCAGUACUUGGGAGGUCCGUGCACAUAUCUACAGUCUCAACUCUAGUGUACUGAAUUCGUUUUUGUAUUAUUAUCCUCCUUGGCUUAACGUCUCAAUACUUGUUCCAUUUUGAUGCGAGAUGUUCUCUAGCGUGCAACCAUUAGUUUACUGUGACUGCGCACUUGACGUAGCGCCACAUUUCACUGCGGUACAUAGUCGUUGGCAUCUUCCAAGUCUUUCCGUGCCUGUAUCACAGCUAGACUGCUCUCACGGAUGGCUCUUCGCUCAACCUCCACCGGACAACCCGUUAGCACGACUAGUUGGAUUCCCUUCAGACAGUCCUCUGGGACGGCUGACUGUUUGCUCAACGUCAGAGAACCCGUUAGGUCGACUGGCAACGCUUUCAACCUCUGAUAAUUCACUAGCUCGUCUUGCCGUGUGUUCCUCAUCGGAAAACCAACUAGCACGAUUCGCCGUAUGUACGUCUCCGGCAUCUCGACCAAACAUAAGCAGAACACUAAAAUUCGGUAUUGAGAACAUCCUGUCGGGACACUCGACAACAGAAAGAGACAUUGCGGGUGCUCCCUCCCCUGUAUGUCCUCUACAGGGCAAACCUCAGCGAAGACGACCGUGGUCGCGUCCUGUUUUCACCCAAUUACAGCGACGAGGGCUGGAAAAGCGAUUCCAAGUGCAAAAAUACAUCACAAAACACGACCGAUACCAACUAGCUGCCAUGCUUGGUCUAUCCGAAACGCAGGUGAAAGUUUGGUUUCAGAACCGACGCACGAAAUGGAGACAGGAUAUGAAGGAUGAAGAGCGGAAAGACGAGGAGGAGGGGAGCGGAAAAGAGGAUGAUGAAAAUGAAGGGAAAGAUACAAAGAUAGAAAGCGAGUUAUCGGUGGAUUAGAAUGUGCGAGUUAUCUGUGGAUUAGAAUGUGGGAUGGUUAUAAAGUAGAGCUGCGUAUUAGCGCGCGAGAUAAGAGCGGAAGGAUGAAGAGGAGGAAGGGAGCGGGAAAGUAGAUGAUAAAAAUGCAGAGAAAGACAUAAAGGAAGAGAGAAUGAUGUCUACGUGUAGCUAGGUUUGGUAGGCUGUGAUGCAGGCCGUAGCAGGGGAUGGGACACUGGGGGCACAUGCCCCCCCCCCCCCCUCCCAUAUUUAAAAAAAAACUAUAAGGAAAUAACCAGUAAGGGCGUGGCUGUGCCCCCCCAAUAUUUUCUUAAUAUUUCUGUAAUGUGCCCCUCCAAUAUUUUAAGGCCUGCUACGGCACUGUGAUGGCAACACUCGUAUUAGCGCGCAAGGAAAGGAUGGACAUACACGAGAAAGGGAAACAUGGUUUUCCACUCGCGUGAAAAAGAAUGCAUAGUUUGCUUGUCUAACUCUGGUUUCUUAUAAAAACAAAGAGUGUAUUAGACAAAACGGUGUACAAACAUAGUCCUACAUAGAAAGUCUUAUCUAAAUAAUAUUAUACAAUUCUAAGGAAAGAAACAGGUCCAGGGUAUUGAGGGCCUGACCUAAGUGACAACAGAAACUAGCAGAAAUAUAAGGGAAGGGACAACAAGAGAGCCUUUCAAGAGCCACGGAAGAAUCCUACGUUAAACUCUACGUAGAUUCAGACGCACUAAAAGUUCAUUCUCGUUCCCAGAGCCCCUCCGUCAUAGAUAAGAGAUAGCAGAGGAGGCUCUGGGAACGAGACCAUUUAACGUACUUAGUAAAACAAACCUGAAAUGUCCAGGGAAUAAAAACACUGUAAACAUG